GCCGGUAGAUGAGUGGAGACCACUUUCUUAGCUCUUCUUCCUGCAACGUCCAACCAAAUGUAGGAAGCUGUCCCUGCAGCAGAACCACCCAUUAAUGGCACCAUCAAUUCUAAAUCUAAACCACAUGCACCCAACCAAAACAAGAAAACUGAAAGCUAGAAAGAGACUUUCCCUUGGCUAUGCUCAUUUCAAUCUCUUUCAAACACUUGGCUUCCGUCUUUUCUCUCCUAUGGCACCACCUUCUUUGCAUAAUGGUCACCCUGGGUUGAUGUCAAUGGAUUCUCAGGAUAGAAGAGAAAACUUUGAGUCAACGGCUGCAGUGAAGUUGCAGAAGGUUUACAGGAGUUAUCGCACACGGCGCAGGCUAGCAGACUCGGCUGUGGUUGCUGAAGAGCUCUGGUGGCAAGCUAUAGACUAUGCAAGGCUAAAUCACAGCACAGUUUCUUUCUUCAAUUUUCACAAAGCAGAAACAGCUGCCUCACGGUGGAGUAGGAUCAGCCUGAUUGCUUCCAAGGUUGGAAAGGGAUUGUGUAAAGACACAAAGGCACAGAAAUUAGCUUUCCAACAUUGGAUUGAAGCUAUUGAUCCGAGACAUCGUUAUGGUCGUAAUCUGAACUUCUACUAUGAAGAGUGGCGCAAAGGUGAUGCACGGCAGCCAUUUUUCUAUUGGUUGGAUAUUGGAGGAGGCAAAGAGGUUGAUCUCAGAGUUUGCCCAAGAUCAAGGCUCCGACAAGAAUGCAUUAUAUACCUUGGACCGCAAGAGAGGGAAUACUAUGAAUACAUAAUUGCUGAAGGGAUGAUGGUACAUAAACAUACUGGAAACCUCCUUCAUACAAAUCAAGGAUUGCAAGGUUCAAAGUGGAUUUUUGUUAUGAGUACCUCGAGAAAACUUUAUGGCGGCGAGAAAAAGAAGGGAUUAUUUCAUCAUUCCAGCUUCCUUGCUGGAGGGGCCACUUUGGCUGCCGGAAGACUUGAGGCAGAACAUGGCAAGCUCAAGUCUGUGUCGGCAUAUAGUGGACAUUACCGUCCAACUGAUGAGAACCUUGGCAGCUUCCUAGCCUUCCUCAAGGAGAAUGGGAUCAGCCUAGAUGAAGUUCAGGUUCUUUCCCCUGUUGACGAUCAUGAGAGCUAUGAUAUCGGCACAUCAGUUCAAGAAGGAAGUGAACUUGAAAGAAGAAACAGUUAUAAGAGAACCUUGUCCAGUAAUCUCCAAAGCUCCAAAAGAAGCGUCCCAAAGAAAGAGAUAUUGCAGAGGAUCAAGUCAAAAAAGGAAGCAUGUUCUUAUCAACUAGGGCAUCAACUGUCCUUGAAAUGGUCAACAGGAGCAGGCCCAAGAAUAGGUUGUGUAGCAGACUACCCUCUGGAACUAAGGCUACAAUCCCUUAAGUUUGUUAACCUUUCAUCAGGGGAUCCUCACACAGCAUCAGCCUCUACACUUCCCUCCAAUCUCACUUCAAUCACAUCUUUCUGUGUGGUAAUGUGACCAGAUUGACUCUUUCUUAGAAGGUAUUUAACAAGUCAGCAUCAAUUUUGAAUUUUCAAAUUUUCUAUACACAUGAAGACCUCUUUCGAUAUCAUCUAAUCUAAUGCCAUUAUCCAUCAUCUCAGAUGAUCAUGGGUUCAGGUGCCUUGUUUUCACACAUGUAAAUGACUUUGGUAUAUUUUAUGCAGUAUGACCAAAUACUCUUUACAUUUAA